AUGCAAACUAGGCUGCCUGCCAGGCUAGCAGCUCCAAAGCUCCCCUCACUGGCUCACGUCAUCAGCUUGGAACAGAGCAGAGAGGGAAGGGAAGAGGAGAGGAUGGCUGGAGCCGGGUGUCACGGCACCAAUCUCGGUUUAAGCCGUGGUGGGGACUUGGCUCGGAGCUUCGGGUUCACCCAGGAACUGAACAGAGAGAUCAGAGGAGGGAUUGUGAAAUGCAUAUCGGAUUCCCUGGCAUUGCAGGAGUCUGGUGAACGGGCCCAUUGGUGCGUGGUGGCAUACUGGGAGGAGAAAACACGCGUCGGGCGCCUCUACUCGGUUCAGGAACCCUCCCUGGACAUCUUCUACGAUCUACCUCAAGGGAAUGGCUUCUGCCUCGGCCAGCUCUGCUCUGAAAACAAGUCCCAGCUCGUGCAGAUGGUUCGGGCCAAGAUCGGCUACGGCAUCCAGCUGACGCGCGAGGCAGACGGGGUGUGGGUCUACAACCGCAGCUGCUAUCCCAUCUUCAUCAAGUCGGCCACACUGGACAACCCGGACUCGCGCACGCUGCUGGUGCACAAGGUGUUCCCCGGAUUUUCCAUCAAAGCUUUUGACUAUGACAAGGCCGGCAGCCUGCAGAGGCCCAACGACCACGAGUUCACGCAGCAGCCUCGCACAGGCUUCACGGUGCAGAUAAGCUUCGUGAAAGGCUGGGGACAGUGCUACACCAGACAGUUUAUCAGUAGUUGCCCGUGUUGGCUGGAAAUCAUCUUCAACACCCGAUAG